UCUCCUUCCUUCCAGGGGCUGUGUCAGUUUAGCCGUCUUGCUAGCUAACGUCAAGUUGUGGAAGAAAGUGUAGAAGAAGAAGAAGACGGCCGGCUGAACGGGACGCGUACCCGGCUACACAGACCUAUGCGACGGACAGCAGGUGAGUGAUGGAGACGAGAGAGUUGACCGUGGUGGCUGGCAGCUUCGUGGGGUUCCAGCUUCUCUUCUCGGUGGUCAGCCCGCGUCUCUCCACCUACAUCACACCGGGCUACGGACUGCUGCCCUCCACCAAGCUCACGGAGUGGAACUCCAGGUUGGUGUCGACCGUGCACGCUCUGAUUGUGGGGUUGUUCUGUCUCUACAUCCUGUGGUUCGAUGACGCCGUCAACGCCAAUCCCGUCUGGGGUGACCCCUCUCUCGUCAAACUAAACGUGGCCAUAACCUGUGGUUACCUCCUCUACGACCUGGUGCUGCUGGCGUGUAACUGGAGCACUAUGGGGGACAGCUUUUUUCUCUGUCACCACUUGGCGGCGCUCUAUGCAUAUGGAUACGUGCUGACACGAGGCGUACUUCCCUACUUUGCCAAUUUCCGCCUCAUUUCAGAGUUGUCCACGCCAUUUGUGAACCAAAGGUGGUUCUUCGAGUCAUUAAAGUACCCGCGAUCGCACCGCAUGGUGGUGAUAAACGGCGUUGCGAUGGCGGUGGUGUUCUUCCUGGUGCGCACCGCCGUCAUGCCGUCGUACUGGUCCAGCGUCUUCGCCACCUUCGGCACCGAGGACUUCGAUCGGCUGGGCUUGGGCGCCCAGGUGGCCUGGAUCACCUCCUGCAUCGCCCUGGACAUCCUGAACACCAUCUGGAUGUACAAGAUCGCCCGCGGCUGCCACAAGGUGCUGACCGGGAGAGGCGGGCGAAAGGCCAAGGAGGGAGCCGAGAAGGAGGCCUCCGCAGACGAGAAGCAUGCCAACAACCACACGGACUAAAGAGAUGUGGAGGCGAUGGAUGUGUAGACACAGACGUGAGCGGGGAGGUAAGGCUGGACAUCCAGGAACCCUCGCACCCUCUCUCUUUUGCUCUAGACUCGGUGUCCCUUCCUCCCUCCCACCCUCACCCACCAAUCCACCAAUCUCAGCCCUGGAUCUCCUUGUAGUUGGCUAGUGGACUGGACUAACAGGUCCUGACCCGGACACGAGACAAAGAGACCGCUCUCUGACUCCCUGAAGCGUUGGCCUUUGUGGCCUCCAUCAUUCUGCCGGGUGACAUCUCCCCGGUCGCAGACGACGAGGUAGAGCUCGCAAGCACACUUUUAAAACCCCGUCUCGCCACUCGCCACCACCCUUCCUCCCUCGUCUCCUCUCAUGCUUCGACUUCAGCCAAAGCCCAAUCCUCUGAAGUGCCUGCGAAAGACAGGAAAGCAAUAAAACGCGGAGGAAACGAGCUCGCAAAAAAAAAGUCCAACAGAGCUCUUGGCCCCCAUUUCAGAAGACGACCACCUCCCGGCGCUCCGCCCACUGCUCCCGAAACGACCUGAGGCUCUUCCCGUCGCUCGCGCUCCGUCCACAUGCGAGGAGACGCCGCCCGCAGGACGACUCCCUCGCAUCAGAUCCAUACGGCGUUUUGUGAAUCUACAGGGCUCUUGUCUUAAACCUCAUCAGACCUCACAAAAAAAACAGAAAAAGAGACAGGAAAAACACCAUAAUGCCUCUUCUACAGUAUCACCUGCUGUGGCCUCCGUGUAACAAGUGGCACCUGCCUAUAUCACCAGCCAUGCCCCUCAAAAACUCCUCACAAUUUGGAUUAUAUAUAUAUAUAUAUAUAUAUAUAUAUAUAUAUAUAAAACCAAAAAUAAGUGCAUGCGGUAGAGAGAAAGACGCACUCCCCAACAUCUUCAGCUCCUCAAAGGACGAUUUUGCCUUUUCAGUAUUCAUCGUGUCGGCAUCUCUAUGUGGUUAAUUUGUAUUGCAUCCAUGGCAACCCUCUGCCUCACUGGACAGGGCUCCACCGUCCAGCUUGAAAACUUUUGGUUUUUGUUCUACCUCUCCCCCCCGCCUUACAGAGACUCCGUCGCCAUGAGUCAGUCAACUUUUUUUUUUGUGUGUUUCUUUCUACUGUAAAGAGUGGUUUUAGCCUUUUAUAAUGUUAUCUGUUGUGAUAUCACUGAUUCAGAGGGGACGACGUCCUCCCCCUCAGUCCUUCCUAACCGUCCCCAGAGCAUUUCCCCCCCCGGCCGAUGCUCUAAAAACAAAGCGCCAUUUUUCUAGAGAAACGCCUCCGGAGGCAUUUACACUUCCUCUCAUCCCCCUUUGUUCUCAGCAACUCUGAGACUCUAAUUUGGGAAAUGAGUGGAAAAAAGUUUGCACAAGCAUAGAGUUCAAACUAUCCACUGUAUCUGACACCCUUCGUAAACACUGACAUGGUGCUCUUCUUUUUUCCUUUUUUUUUCCUUUUUCCUUUUUCCUUUCAGAAUGUCAGCAGUAGGAAUGCUUGCAAUAGAACAUUUUACAAAAAUCAAAUUUAUUAAUUAGGACGUACCAAUCCGUGACAGUCAGUCAAAAGCAACGUGGCAAUCUGCAUGUUUUUUGUUUUGUUUUGUUUUUCUGUAUAAACUGUAAAUCAUCACUUCACAGCAUGGUAAGAUUGACAUAUUUCUGCAAUGCCUUAGCGAAUAGUCAACAUAGAUGAGUAACAUCUAAAUAUGAAUUAAUCUAAUGCUUAAUAGGGGGGUUUGUCUUCCAAAACAGUUGGUGUUUUUUGCCUCUCUGAGCGUUCUGAAUGCCUGCGUGUUUUUUGAUUCCUUUCUCCUCUCCCUGCAUGUCUGUACAGUAUAUACACAUACAGUCGCUACUCGGGGCACCUUCUGCACACUGUAUGGCUAGACUCACUAAUCAUUACCACAUUCUCUGUACGCCACUUGGCACUUCUUGGUUUUUAUGAAUCCAUGAGCUCUUCGCGGUCGGCAGACGCUCAUGACUACAUAGCUGAUAUCAUGACGGACAGAGAUACAAGAGGAUGUUUCAGAUUCAAGAGAAAUGUGCAAAGGACGGGCUGCCAAGUGUGUACUCCCGUUUCCUUUUUACUUAAAGGAGUACUCCACCGAUUUAGCAUUUUACUCCUUUGACAUUGGGGACUCAUGGUCAGCAUCUUUUCUUUUUUAAUAUGCAAAUCAAUACAGCAGAACCAGAUUGUAGCAAAGUUUCAAUCCAAAUGUAGCGCAACAUUUUUCACCAAAUUUACCCCAAAAGUCUGCAAGAAAAUGAGAAUAAAUGCGUGUGAGUAUUAGUUGUUGCAUCGAGAAACAGCUUGAGCCUCUUUAUGUUUCAUUAGUGCAGACAAAGAGGGUGCAACCAGAUGCCGUGAUUAAAAUAGUACUGGUCAAAUCUCAAAACCAAUGGGAACGUGACACCUCUGUUUGUUUCAUAUAGUAAUCUGAGGAAGUUUACAUUCUCCUCAUCGCUCCACACUUGUCCGACACUAUUCUUCAUCUCUUCAGUGACCAGGAGCGUCAGUUUGCUUUUCCUGUACGUCACUUUGUCAUACAUGCAGAAACCUUUCCACCAAAGAC